UAAGGAAAUCCAUUUGUAUGGUCAAGUGAUGGAUAAAAAAUGUCUGGAAAGAAAUGAUCGUUUAACGAAUGCAAUGCGCCUUUACAGCGCCCAUCGAUUGGGUGAGAAGACAAACGCUUAUUUUUUUCCCAACAGGAAACUCGCACAUACAGAUCAGCACAACUAGAUGUAACCGCAGUCAUAACCCAUCACAGAAGAUUAGAACAACCCUUACACACGACUCCUCUCUCUCUCUCACGCACACGCGCGCGUGCAGUCAGAGGUUAUGACCAUAAUUACUAAUGAAGAACAGCUUCCUCUUGUCUCGCAAACGAUCUCGCUUGGCGACCCGAGGGGAACAGACCGGUGUCCGGUGGUUAUAUAAUCUGUAACUGUAAGUACGUGUUUAUCGCUGACCAAGAGGUGAUUCUAAGAGAAAAUGUCUCUAGGACAACAGCACUGGAGCGAGGCGCACUCCUUGGCCAGCAUUUCACCUCCUUGGCCUGCUUGACGACGCCUGUGUGUACCGAGUGUGUCGGUCGAUGGGACUAGCGGCUCCACGUGACCGGCUGGCGACGCACAGCUUCCGUUGCGAAGCUUGGUCACGUGGUAGUAACAGAGAGUGCGCGGACUAAAGCUUCGACGAGAGAUUGUUGACCUGCCCAUUCUAGAGGUGGGGUUCAAGGCGUCGUCAGGAUGCACAGAGCGUAUCAGUCCGUUCUCCCAACACACAACAAGCUCCUACAGCAGCGAUGGGAUACCACAUAUUACAAAGAACACCGGAGAAAGGUGUACGAUGCAAAGCCUAUGGUUGACACUAAGCCACCUCCAACAUACAUGCAUCUUCAUCUGAAGUUAAAGAAAUUACAGCUUGAAGAAGAGCGCCUGGCAAUAAUAGAGCGUGACAACCGGACCCUUCUAGAAAAAAUGUCUUACAUCAUGCGAACACGUGGCCGGAUAGAUAAUCGCAAUAACUAUGAAUACAAAAGCAGCUUAAAUCGUGAGAAGCGCCAGCGGGAACUUCUAAGAGUUAUAAAAGAAAACCAGUCUAUACUUCAACGUAUCAACAUGCGCCAGCCAGAGUACAGUGCAAAGAAGUGGGAGGAUGACUGGGUGGCCAAUCAGCGAUUCAUGGAUAGUAUCUCAGCAUACCCACAAAACUGGUGGCUUGAGAAAGAGAAACCCAGGCAGGGGAGAAGUGCAAGGCUAGAGAGACGACAUCAUGAUGAAGGCAGACAGUCUGCCAAGAGUAAAGAAUUCAAGGAUGAUCAGCAGCAAGGUACACCACCACCUGCCACGACUGAGGACAAGGGUAAAGUCAAGCCCAAGAAGGAGUCAGAGAAAAAGAAGAAGGUAGCCAAACGUGGGCAAAAAGAAGACUCACCACAGCAGAAAGAUGCUUCUCGCUCACCAACACCGCAACAGAAGGUAGCUACUCGCUCACCAACACCACAACAGAAAGAAGCUACUCGCUCACCAACACCACAACAAAAAGAAGCUACUCGCUCACCAACACCACAGAAGGUAGAAUCAUCAGAGCAAAGGAAUGAAGCGGAAAACUCAGAAAAUGCAGAAAUUCCUGUACAGCAAAAUGAGUCGGAAGCGUGACCUAAACCCAAGUGAAAGGACUUUCAGAUUUGAUUCAGACAUCUGAAGAAAUUUUUGUCAAAGUAUGCACAUUAGGUGCAGCUGGACGUGUAUGAGGACAACAAUGUAUUAUGACCUUAACGUGUUAAUAUAGAAAAACUUUACUACACUGUGCAAACACUUACAGUAGUUAGAAAUUAUAUGCACAGGGAUUUUUAUGAUUGACAUUUCUGGGACAGGAAAGUUAUUUUGUGUACUGCUGCACAUUUGUACACAUUCUGUAUCUAUAUCUGAAUAUAGAUCUACACCUAAAUAUCAGUUUGAGGCACUUGUUUGUAGAAAAAACAUGUAGUUCUGUGUUCAUGACCUGUGUGAUUGUGGGUAUGGCAUACAUUUUCAUGACUGGAGGAUGACUUCUGUAGCAUGACUUUUGAUUGUUGAAAUCUUAUUUUCACACUUACUGGUUCAUGAUGUACACUCCAUGAUGUGUUUACUUAAAAUUUCUGGUGGUGCAUAGUUAAAAUAAAGUAUGGUUUUAUCUUUGCUUUUCGAUCAACAGCAAUGCCUCGAUACUAAAAUUUAGUCAUGCAGCAAUGUAGCACAAUGGAAUCUGACAGAUUUGGAGAAUGGUUUUCAUUCACGUUUUUAAAUGUAAUUUUAACUGACCUCUAUGUGUUUAUUCAAAAAAAAAAAAAAAAAGUUUAAAAUUAUUGAUCAAACUUCCAUUCCUUUAUUUGCAUAAAUUAAAAGUUUAUUUACAGUAAUACAGAUGUUUGUAUAUAGAGCACCUUUCCCACCAACAAAGGUGGGCUUAAGGCACUUACAUGGUGUUUUAUAAGCACACCUAUAUAAGUAGCAUCAGUAGUGAGUGCUAUGCAUUUUACAAAGUUAUUCACUAUAAUGCAGAUUAUGACUCUCUCUCUCUCUCCCAGUCACAUACCAGUCAUGAAUUCUGUUAUGUUUAUUGACAGUUAUUACCAUUAUGUGUGACUAUACAGUUUUCAGCAUUACAACUUUACACCAUAUAUAUAUUUUAUACUAAAUAACAUGACAAAUUAUUGUGCUUGAAGUUAAUUCUUUGAAAAUAUGUCAGAUUUAUGCAUAGUUUUUAAUUAAAGCAAAAUGUGCUAAACUCUUGACCAGAGUGUCUUUACCAAGAUAUAGUUUAUUUUUAAAAGUCAUGCUCUCUAGCUGUUACUUAAUUCUUUUGGCGAUAUACCUUUAGUAGACAUAUCUUUUGGAGGAUUUUAACUCAAGCAUCCUAAUGUUGGAAGUCAAAGUAUGUUUCCUAACAUGCGCGCACACGUACAUACACACUUCCUCCCCACAAGCAUGCACGCACACAUGCGCACAUAUACCUAAUAUAUGCAUGUACCCCAUUGCCACCAUCAAUGAGUUGCACUCAAUGCCUUAUAUAGCUCUCCCUGAGGUGUUAAUUAGAAAAUGUAACGUAAAUUAGAAAUGAAAAUGGAAUUUGAAAGAAAUAAAGAAAUAAGAAAAGAA